AUGAAUUUAUCAAGUCCAAUAAUACACGAAGUCGAUACUCGACUAAAUUCAACAUUAACUGUAUUCGAUGGAUCUCGAGAAGAUGAAAGCAAAUUGGCUAAACAAUUCUGGAAUUCAGUCGUACUUAUGCCACCUGUAGAAUCAACUUUAGUUUGCAAAGAAAUAAAACAGUGCACAAAAAGUCGACCAUUCAAUGAUGGAAAAAAUAAAGCAAGACUCUCCACUGCUAUGACCAAAGCAAAUCAAGAAAAAACAUUGAGAAAUCAAGAAUACGAAGAAAUUGCUGCUUUAAAAGAAGCUGAAGAUGAAGGAAAACGAAUACAAUCUAUUCGAGAACGACAUCAACAACUAAGACAUCUCUUUUUUAAACAAGCCAGAAUCAAUCGACUCAAACAUCAAGAAUGGGCAAUUCCUCAUAUGAAUAAAUAUUCUAUGAGUAGUAGUAUACAUGGAAGUUCAAUAUAUUAUCGAGAUGCAACCGAUAAUGGAUAUAACAAUGAUGAGAAUAAUGAUCGUCAAUUAGUUCGUUCUUUACCAGAUUAA